CAGACCAGGUGCCCGCUGGAUGAAAGCUUCAUGAUUAUUACAGCGUCUCGAAGCCAUCCUGCUGAGGGAUGCCCAAGAAGUUCCAGGGCGAGAACACCAAGUCGGCAGCAGCCCGGGCACGGAGGGCUGAGGCCAAGGCAGCUGCUGAUGCCCGGAGGCACAAGGAGCUGGAAGAUGCCUACUGGAAGGAUGAGGACAAACACGUCAUGAGGAAAGAGCAGCGCAAGGAGGAGAAGGAGAAGCGGCGCCUGGAGCAGCUGGAGCGCAAAAAGGAGACCCAGCGCCUGCUGGAGGAGGAGGACUCGAAGCUCAAGGGCGGCAAGGCCCCCCGAGUGGCCGUGCCCAGCAAAGUCACCCGCGCCCAAAUUGAAGAGACGCUCCGGCGAGACCAUCAACACAAGGAAGCCCCAGAGCAAGCUGAGAAAUCCAAGAGCCACCUGGAGGUGCCGCUGGAGGAAAACGUGAACCGCCGCAUACUGGAGGAGGGCAGCGUGGAGGCACGCACCAUUGAGGACGCCAUUGCUGUGCUCAGUGUGGGGGAGGAGGCUGCAGACAGGCAUCCGGAGCGUCGCAUGCGAGCUGCCUUCACCGCCUUUGAGGAGGAGAACCUGCCUCGGCUCAAGCAAGAGAACCCCAAUAUGCGGCUGUCGCAGCUGAAGCAGCUGCUCAAGAAGGAGUGGCUGCGCUCACCAGACAACCCCAUGAACCAGCGGACCGUGCCCUUCAACAACCCCAAGUGAGCCCCGAACUGGGGGAGCCGCCCCACCGCCGGUCAGGGUCGUGAGCCCGCAUUCCCUCUCACCUGAUCAGCUCCCAGAGUUACAGAGGGGUCCAAGCCAGCACAUGUCCUGGAGGCUAAUUGGCAUCAUCAGCCAUGCCUCCCACCAAGGGUCCCUGCUCUGAGUAACACCUCCUUCCAGUGUGCAUUCCCUGGUUGCGUGCCCAAUAAAGGUGGUCGUGAGGCAAA